CUUGUGGUGUUUAGAGUUUGAGUUUUAUGGAAUAUUUUGAUAAUGUUGUUAAAUUUGGUCUUUAAAAUUUUAUGUCCUAUAGUAUAUAGGAUUUUCCUGGUAUAUAUCUUGUAAGGAAGGAUCCGAUUCCUAAAUUCCUCUUUAAUAUUCCGUUUUGGUGAAGUAUUGGAAGAGAGUGAAGCGUUGGUGCUAAGCUAAAUAACAAGUAGCUCAAAGAGAAUAAAUCGACGCGUCAAGAUUUCCCUUGCACGAGUCGGCCGAACUAAAUUGAAAUGGUAAACCCAAAGUACAGAGAUGGCCCAUUCAUGAGAAGACCAAAAUAUUUACCAAAGCAGCCCAAAAAAAUGGAAAAAGCUCAGUCCAACUCCAAAACAAACAAUGGAAAUACUCCUCGUGUUAGGGUUUUACAUGAGGAAAAUUUCUCAGUCUCACGCUCUUCUCUUCCAUCUCCUGAUUUUCUAUCGGAUCUCACUGUGAGAUUUAACUAAUGCCGAAGAAGAGUUCUUCAACGACGCCUUCAAAAAAGGCAGAAAAGAAAGAAGAAGAAGAGCCUGUUCUGGAACAGAAGAAACCGUCUUCAACCCCUAAAAAGGCUGGUAAUGAAAUUGAUGAGAUAUUUGCUGGUAAAAAGAGGAAGAAACCUGAACAAAAAAAGACUGAGAAACAAAAUGGUAAUGAAAUUUCGAAACCCAAGUCGGUAAAGAAGAAUAAAAAGAGUAAAGAAACCAAAGAGGAAGGUUUCAAUGAAUCAUCUUCUCGGCCUCGAAAGAGAACUGCAGGCGGGUUUGCUAUUUACACUGAAGAAGAAUUGGGUAUUAAUAAAUCGAAUGCUGGAAGUACACCUCUUUGUCCAUUUGAUUGUGAUUGUUGUUUUUGAUAAUGGGGUUGAUGUUUCUUUAGUUUUGUUAUUUCCAUUUGCAAUUUUUUGACAUUUCAGUUUGCAGAAUUUGGAGUAGGGUUUUAGGCUCUGCUUGUUGUACACAAGGAAUGAAUUUUACAUGAAAUGCAAUUUUGUCUUGGUUCUCAUAAAUAU